GGCUACACGCGCGCGCUGCUGGCUCGUGCAUGCAGCCAGCACCAUGGUCAAGCUCUAUGCUCCCGCCUUUAUGGCUCAGAUAUCACAAACUCAGGCGCAAGCAGGUUGGAUGAUAUGUGGAAUCAUGUUGGCGAUCGACACCCUCAAUCCCAUCAAGAUCAUGGCAUGGUCGCUGCGAAUGGACCAGAGGUUGUUUGCGGUGCCCUUUACGAUCAUGCUGGUGUCGCUCAUCGCGACGCAGUUCGCUGACAUCAUGUACUUUUCGGUCCGAAUCUUCUUCAGCUCAAUCAUCAGCAUCUUUUUCAACAAGGUGGAUAUUAUCGGACAGAGCAACGUGCCGGCCGAAGGCCCCAUCAUUUUCACCGGGAACCACGCCAACCAGUUCGUUGAUGCGCUACAGGUCAUCACGGCGUGUGGCCACAAAGUCGGCUGGUUGAUCGCCAAAAAGAGUUGGGACCGCAAGGUACCCGGGUUCUUCGCACGGGCUAUGUCGUGCAUCCCCGUCGUUCGCCCCCAGGACUCGGCCAUCAAGCGUCCUUCUACUGAGACCAUCGUCGCCAACGGUGACAUGAUAACUGGGAUUAACACCAAGUUCACGGAGCUUUUCAAAGACAGGGACAAGCUCCGCUUUCGUGGGAAGUCGGAGCAGUUCAAGGUGGAGGCCGUUGUGAGUGACACGUCGAUAAAGCUCGGAGAGGCUGUGCCACAAGACUACGUUGGGAUGGGACCGAGCGCGUUCGAUGUCCUCAAGUACGUCGAUCAGGGCAAGGUGUUCGGCAGGGUACACAUAGCGUUGGCACACGGCAAAUGCCUCGGAAUAUUUCCUGAGGGCGGAUCGCACGACAGGACGGACCUGCUCCCUCUCAAGGCGGGGGUGGCAGUGAUCGCGUUCGGUACACUGGAGAAGCACGGGGUUAACGUCCCUGUCGUUCCCAUCGGGCUCAACUACUUCCGCGGCCACCGCUUCAGGGCGAGGGCUGUGGUGGAGUUUGGGCCGCCUGUGCGCAUAUCCGAGGAACUGCACGAGUUGUACAAGACCGACAAGAAGGAGGCCUACUCCCAGUUUCUCAUGCAGAUCGAGGAGGCCAUGAGGGGCUGCAUCAUUACGGCACCAGACUACGACUCUCUGCAGCUGGUGUAUACCGCUCGAAGAUUGUGGCAAUCCGACGACGUCAUGCCUCCACCAGAGCAGAAGCAGGACAUGAACCGCCGCUUUGCUGAGAGCUACAAGAUUCUUGCUCAGAAAUACUCGGAGGAGGGCAUGCCACAGGAAGCCACGGAACUGAAGGAGAGGCUGGAGUCCUACCGCCAAUCGCUGGGAAAGCUGGGCAUGAGGGACUACCAGGUGCGCACGCUGGACAAGCCAAACCCGCUGAAGGCCACGUACACGGUGAUCCACAUGUUGGUAGUGCUGCUACUGGCGUCGGUGCCCUCGUUCAUCCUCAACUUGCCGGUGGGAGUCGUGGCGAGGGUAACGGCAAUCAAGGAGCGCAAGAAGGCCCUGGCGGGAUCGGUGGUGAAGAUCGCUGGUCGAGACGUGAUGCUCAGCAAGAAGAUCAUGAUUUCCAUCGUCAUGGUCCCGUUGCUGUGGAUGUUCUACGCCGUGCUGAUGAUGGCAUUGACCGACUGGGAAUUCUCCACCAAGGUGCUGGUGAUGCUGUGCUUCCCGCUGUUCAGCUACGCUGGCGUGGUCGGCACCGCCUCUGGCAUGGUGGACCUCAAGGACAUCAAACCUCUUCUCAACAUGCUCCGGCCGUCGACUCGAACGUUGAUGAACGAACUACCGGCGGUGCGACGAGAGCUUCAGAAGGACCUUCGGGCUUUCAUCAAAAAGGUGGGACCGGAGCUGGGAGAGAUCUACACCAAGCCAGACCUCAAGUGGGGCGACCUGUUCCGCAUGCAAAAGGACAGCGCCGCCGAAGCCGAAGGGAUCCAAAAGAUGGCUGCGAAUGCAGCGGAAGCAAUGGGCGACCUCCCCAACCCGAAGAAGAACGAUUAAUUGCACAACAUCGCACUUUGUUCGAUUUGUGGGUGGGGGCGCAAACCCUGUCUCGAUUUGACCAGCCAGUAGCCCAGCAGGCGGGUUGAUUCUUGCCUUAGAUCACAUAUCUCACUACGGCGGCGUCAUGUCACGGUGUGUAUGUAUGAUAGCAACGUGCUGGUCACGAUUUGUCUCAUGUAUGCUGUUGGCACGAAGGCAAGGGGUUCGAUAUGCUCUCUUGUGUGCAGCUGUCCAGAACGUGUUCGAAGCCGAGGGGAUCCAAAAGAUGGCUGCGAAUGCAGCGGAAGCAAUGGGCGACCUCCCCAACCCGAAGAAGAACGAUUAAUUGCACAACAUCGCACUUUGUUCGAUUUGUGGGUGGGGGCGCAAACCCUGUCUCGAUUUGACCAGCCAGUAGCCCAGCAGGCGGGUUGAUACUUGCCUUAGAUCACAUAUGUCACUACGGCGGCGUCAUGUCACGGUGUAUAUGUAUGAUAGCAACGUGCUGGUCACGAUUUGUCUCAUGUAUGCUGUUGGCACGAAGGCAAGGGGUUCGAUAUGCUCUCUUGUGUGCAGCUGUCCAGAACGUGCUCUAAGGUCGAGGCGUGCGUGCAGCGAGUUUAAAAUACUCCUGCAAGCG